AGCUGCGGGCGGAGGCCUCGCCGGGCAGGGCAGGCGGCGGCGGCGGCGGCGGCGGCGAGGGGGGACCGCGGCGGCGGCUCCCGGGGGCGGUGCAGGCCCGGGACUGGCCGAGGUGGCAGGAGGGGACGGACGGACGGACGGAAGGCUUGGGACAUUGCUGCUGGGGCUGUUUUUAAACUUUCUUCUUGUUUUUAAAGUUUGAACUUUUAAAUUUUAUUUUAUUUUUAAAAAAGCAAAACUUCUCAGCCUCCCCCUCUCCCCAUGAUGCCGUCCAACGGGUCUAUCGACACCAGCAGCGCUGCUCCAGACAGGGAGACGCCCGACACUCACAAGCAGAGGGAAGAGGAGCUGGAGGAGAACCGGAGCAAGGACGAGAAGCAGGAACCAGGGACAGCCACAAGGAAAGCAGGGCGGCCUGGCAGGAAGCGCAAACACGUCCUGGUGGAAAGUAGUGAAACAUCCAAAGACACUGCCUCAGUCCCAAAGUGCCACGCCCCCUGUCAGGAUGCUGGCUCCACGGAGCAGGUGCCCAAUGGAGACCUGGAGACAGAUGGUGCCCAGUGGAAAGGCCCAGAAGACAGCGAUGGGACCCCGAAGGGCGGGCAGCAUGGCGAGGACGAGACGGACAGCCUCCCAGACAGUGAAACGGGCCAGACCCUGGAGAACGGGCGCUGCACCCCGAAGGACAGCCCGGACCCACCGGCCGAUGAGGGUGAGCUGGCCCCUUCCGCCCCCCAGAAGAAGAGAGGCAAGAGGAAACUCUUGGAGACAGCUGGGAAAAGCAAAGAAGAGAAGGAAGAAGCUAACUACGACUCGCUGAAAAUGGAGGGAUCCCGAGGCCGCCUGCGUGGCGGGCUGGGCUGGGAGUCAAGCCUGCGCCAGAGGCCCGUUCAGCGGCUCACCUUCCAGGCCGGGGACCCAUAUUACAUCAGCAAGAGGAAGCGAGACGAGUGGCUGGCCAGGUGGAAGAGGGAGACUGAUAAUCCAUCGGCAUCCCAGCUUGACAAGCUCCUGGCAAACAGAUUGCAUGAUGGAGUAUUACUGGCCAUGAGCCAUCCCAGCAGUAAAGCAUCCCACGUCAGCUGCUGCACCAGUGAGUCCAGAGAGCCAUGCUGCCCGGAGCCUUUGCCUCCAGCCCUGGUCCCGGGGCUGGGCAAGGCUGAGAAGAAGGCCAAAGUCAUUGCUGUCAUGAACGUGGUGGAGGAGAGCCAACGGGCAGAGCCCCAGAAGGAGGAGGAGGCCAGCCCACCUGCCUCGCAGCAGCCCACAGACCCCGCUUCGCCCAACGUGGCCACCACGCCUGAGCCAGUGGUGGCCGACACCGUGGACAAGAGCACGUCCAAGUCAGCUGACGACGAGCCGGAGUACGAGGAUGGCCGCGGCUUCGGGAUCGGUGAGCUGGUGUGGGGGAAGCUGCGUGGAUUCUCCUGGUGGCCGGGCCGGAUUGUGUCCUGGUGGAUGACUGGGCGGAGCCGAGCAGCCGAGGGCACCCGCUGGGUCAUGUGGUUCGGAGAUGGCAAGUUUUCCGUGGUCUGUGUGGAGAAGCUCCUGCCACUGAGCUCCUUCUCCAACGCCUUCCACCAGGCCACGUAUAACAAGCAGCCGAUGUACCGCAAAGCCAUCUACGAGGUCCUGCAGGUGGCCAGCAGCAGAGCGGGGAAGAUCUUCCCAGCAUGCCCCGAGAAUGACGAGACAGACACUUCCAAAGCGGUGGAGAUCCAGAACAAGCAGAUGAUCGAGUGGGCCCUUGGGGGCUUCCAGCCGUCUGGUCCCAAAGGCCUGGAGCCACCAGAAGAGGAGCGGAAUCCCUACAAAGAAGUUUACACGGAGAUGUGGGUGGAGCCAGAAGCAGCCGCUUACCCCCCGCCUCCGCCAGCCAAAAAACCAAGGAAAAGCACAACGGAGAAGCCCAAGGUCAAGGAGAUCAUAGACGAGCGCACCCGAGAGCGGCUUGUUUAUGAGGUUCGCCAGAAAUGCAGGAACAUCGAAGAUAUCUGCAUUUCUUGUGGAAGCCUCAACGUUACCCUGGAACACCCUCUAUUUAUCGGAGGAAUGUGCCAAAACUGCAAGAACUGCUUCCUGGAGUGCGCGUACCAGUACGACGACGACGGCUACCAGUCGUAUUGUACAAUCUGCUGCGGUGGCCGUGAGGUGCUCAUGUGUGGAAACAACAAUUGCUGCAGGUGCUUCUGUGUGGAGUGUGUGGACCUGCUGGUGGGACCAGGUGCGGCCCAGGCUGCUAUCAAAGAGGACCCCUGGAACUGCUACAUGUGCGGCCACAAGGGCACCUACGGGCUGCUGAGGCGAAGAGAUGACUGGCCCUCGCGCCUCCAGAUGUUCUUCGCCAAUAACCAUGACCAAGAAUUUGACCCACCAAAGGUUUAUCCACCGGUCCCAGCUGAGAAGAGGAAGCCCAUUCGAGUGCUCUCUCUCUUCGAUGGAAUUGCCACAGGUCUGCUGGUGCUGAAGGACCUGGGCAUCCAGGUGGACCGCUACAUCGCUUCCGAGGUUUGCGAAGACUCUAUCACUGUGGGGAUGGUGAGACACCAGGGCAAGAUCAUGUACGUCGGCGACGUCCGGAAUGUCACCCAGAAACAUAUACAGGAAUGGGGCCCUUUUGACCUGGUGAUUGGAGGGAGCCCGUGUAAUGACCUCUCCAUUGUCAACCCUGCCAGGAAGGGUCUUUACGAGGGUACCGGACGGCUCUUCUUCGAGUUCUACCGCCUUCUCCACGAAGCCCGGCCCAAGGAGGGCGACGACCGGCCCUUCUUCUGGCUCUUCGAGAACGUGGUGGCCAUGGGGGUGAGCGACAAGCGGGACAUUUCGCGCUUCCUAGAGUCCAACCCAGUGAUGAUUGAUGCCAAAGAGGUGUCUGCUGCGCACAGGGCCCGGUACUUCUGGGGUAACCUUCCCGGUAUGAACAGGUUGGUGAGAGCAUGGCCAUUGGCAUCUACAGUGAAUGAUAAGCUGGAACUUCAGGAGUGCCUGGAGCACGGCAGGAUAGCAAAGUUCAGCAAAGUGCGAACUAUCACCACUCGCUCCAACUCCAUCAAGCAGGGCAAGGACCAGCAUUUCCCCGUCUUCAUGAACGAGAAGGAGGACAUCCUGUGGUGCACGGAGAUGGAGAGGGUCUUUGGCUUCCCGGUUCAUUACACAGAUGUCUCCAACAUGAGCCGCCUGGCCCGGCAGAGACUGCUCGGCAGAUCUUGGAGCGUGCCGGUGAUCCGCCAUCUCUUUGCUCCCCUGAAGGAAUACUUCGCCUGCGUUUAAGACACACAGGAACUAGUGAAGUGGAACGAAUCAGAAGAGAAGUGAAAAUGUGGAACAAGAGAAAAAUCAGCACCCAGAAGAGAGAAAGGAUUAAACCCGAUGGGAAUCCACCGCGUCUCCCCAAGCGAAAGGGUUCGGUGUCCUCUCCUGAAUUUUCAAUGUUCAGCUUUUAGCCUAUUUAAAAAAAAACAAAAACCGGUUUUUUUUGGUAACCUUUUAAUUUUCCGCUCUUUUCUGGAUGGGUUUUUCUGUUAGUUUGGUUUCUGCUUCUCGAAGCUGCGAGCGAGGCGAGAGGCUUUCCCGAGCUUGUGAGCAAGCGCUGUCGUAGCAGGAGGGCAAAGCCAGCAGGAAACACUAGCAGAAACCCAAGCCUAGAGAGGGGGACGCGAAGGAAAGGUUCUGCCGACCUGUCGCUCUGAGCUCGAGUUUUGUCUCUGGUCUGGUGAGCGUAGGAGCACACAGCAGGGCGUGCUCGGCCUGCGCUGUAACUUCCAGCACUGAGCCUUACUUUCUUCUACCAGCACCAUCACUGGUGAUGCAAAGCAAAACCAACUAGCAGGGAAGCCAAGAACACGCACCACACCACACACUUUUCUACAGUAUUUCGGGUGCCUACCACACAGGAAACCUUGAAGAAAGCAGAUCCUAGAUGCCGCUGUUACCUCUUGUUUACAGUUUAUAUAUAUAUGACAGAUGUGAGAGAUAGAUAGAUAUAUAUAUAAAAGGUACUGUUACUACUGUACAACCUGACUUCAUAAUGGUGCUUUUAAACAGCGGGGUGAGUCAAAACAUCAGCUUCCACGUUGCCUUACGUGCCAGGGCUUUCCACAGAGCUCCGCAGGAGGGGAAACAAUGCAGACUCAGUGCCGGGGGCAGGGGAGGUACUGGUCCCCCGCCCCCGGGCAGUGCGGGGGAGGGACGGGAGGCAGUCUCCGUCCCACGUCAUGCAAUAACCUUUUUAUUUUCUAAAAGGAAGGCCCCCCCUCCCACGCACUGGGGAGAAGUGGGUCCAGGGCUGCCCCCGCCCGCCCACCCGCAGGGGCCGGGGGGGAGAGAAAGCCCUCGCCAGAGAAUAACAACACACAAACGUACUGGUGCUUUUCUGUGUACGUCGCCUUUGGGUGUUCUUUUCUGAGGGGCUCCCCGCCCCUGGCCUGAGGCUGGGGUGCAGCACCGAGCAAAGCGAUGCUUUGGGUCGCCUCCCAACCCACAGGCUGCAGUUUUACACUGAGAAGCUGAUGCCACCUUUGAUUCUUCUUGUCUCUUUGUUGUAGAAUGAAGAACUCGACUGUAGGUUCAUGCCGAGGUGGGAGAAGGGCCGGGCAGAUGCCCCCCCAUUGCUCAUCCAGGCCUGGGGGUGCAGGGCAGAGCUCCGGCUGCCCUGUGGGGUGCUCCCGGCCCAGCAGGGAGGCUGGUUCUCUCUUUUUGUGGACGCUGUGAAUUCUGUUUCUUUUAGUACUUGAUUGAAUUGCAGCUGUGCGGUCCCUUCCCGUUGGCCACCAGCGCGCUGCCCCUCGCAGUCUGGGCGGAGGGCGCAUUCUCUGUGGGGCAGGAGAUGGGCAAGGGCUAGGCUAGGAAUCGCACUGGCAGGCCCCCCUGAGGGAGAA